GCCGGCCCCGCGCCGCCCAUGGAGCUGGACGGAGCGCCGCUCGCCCGCCCCAAGACCAUGCUGCUGCUGCUGAGGAAAGUUCGCAAGCGGCGGGAGAUGCUACUGCAGCAGCUGGGCUUCAUCUGCGCCAUCCUCUUCUUCGUCUGGUGCAUGUCUAGCCUGCUCUCCAGGCGGGGCCAAGAAUCAAGUAUUGCAGACAUGCGUGUUUCAUCAGAGACGUGGAGGAAUAGAAUACUAAUGGCAUUACCUAAUGAGACACGUGAAGGAAAGAACUGUACAGAGCCAGCCAUUCAUGAAUUUCCUGAGGAUAUAUUCACAAAUAAGGAACGGCAGCAAGGAGGGAUUCUCCUUCACAUCAUUGCUGCUCUGUAUAUGUUCUAUGCUUUGGCUAUAGUAUGUGAUGACUUCUUCGUUCCAUCCUUAGAGAAAAUUUGUGAGAGACUACACUUGAGUGAAGAUGUUGCUGGAGCCACAUUCAUGGCUGCAGGGAGCUCCAUGCCAGAGCUGUUUGCAUCUGUUAUAGGUGUAUUUAUCACUCAUGGAGAUGUCGGAGUAGGGACCAUUGUUGGUUCAGCAGUUUUCAACAUCCUCUGCAUUAUCGGUGUAUGCGGAUUGUUUGCAGGACAGGUGGUUUGUCUUACCCAGUGGUCUGUGUUCCGAGACUCUGUGUACUACACCUUAUCUGUUAUCGUACUUAUUGUUUUCAUACAUGAUGAGAAAAUAGAAUGGUGGGAAAGCCUUAUACUCAUCGUUAUGUAUUCAUUCUACAUACUUAUCAUGAAGUACAACAUGAGGAUGCAAAAUUUCUUCACACUCAAAAGCAAGAAUGUUGGAAAUGGUGACGCAGUCGACAAUGAGAUGGAAGAUGGUAAUAAAUGUUUUGCCUCUAGUUGUGAUGACCCAUCCAUUCCAUUACUGUGGAAAGUGAAGGGCGUGCAGCAGUAUGGCAAAAACAGUGUUGUGAUGGUGGAUGAGAUCAUCUGCUCCAGUCCCCCCAAAUACCGGUUCCCUGAAGCUGGGUUACGGAUUAUGAUCACAAAUAAGUUUGGACCACGCACCAGAAUGCGGAUGGCAAGCCGACUUAUAAUUAAUGAGCGUCAGCGGUUAAUCCAAUCUGCCAAUGGCUCAAGCAAACCACUUCAGAAUGGGAGACAUCAGAAUAUUGAAAAUGGGAACAUCCCUGUGGUGAACCAAGAGGAGGAAAAUGAACAGGAUAAUCUGUCUCCGUUUUCAUUACCAGAUGGAAAAAUGAAUAAAAUUAAAUGGAUUUUGACGUGGCCAUUGAUAUUCGUGCUCUUUUGCACCAUUCCAGACUGCAGCAAACCCCGCUGGGAGAGCUGGUUUAUGUUCACAUUCAUCUUAUCCACGCUCUGGAUUGCCUUGUUCUCCUACUUUAUGGUGUGGAUGGUGACUGUGAUUGGAUACACCCUUGGGAUACCAGAUGUGAUCAUGGGCAUUACUUUCCUAGCUGCAGGAACAAGCGUCCCAGACUGCAUGGCCAGCUUAAUAGUAGUGAGACAAGGCCUUGGUGACAUGGCAGUAUCCAACACAAUAGGCAGUAAUGUCUUUGACAUUCUGGUGGGCCUUGGUGUUCCAUGGGGUUUGCAGACCAUGGCGAUCGAUUAUGGAUCAACUAUUACGAUAAACAGUAAAGGACUGGUCUAUUCAGUUGCACUUUUACUAGGAUCAGUGGCACUGACUGUGUUUGGGAUCCAUGUAAAUAAGUGGAAACUUGACAGGAAAUUAGGCAUCUACGUGUUGUUUCUUUAUGCUGUUUUCCUGUGUUUCUCUAUAUUGAUAGAGUUUAAUGUCUUCACCUUUGUCAACCUCCCUAUGUGCCGAGAAGAACUUUAAGCCACUGUAAGGAGAGAGACUGCGAUUCUUCUGAUUACCUGUGCUAUAAAUGACAGGAGACAUUUCACAUUUCUACCUUCUUUCCAUCACUAAUUUGAGUGUCAUUCCUGCUUCAUCAGCUACCAAGCACUUUUACCUAUGUGGAAGGAAAGCAUACCUUUCUUGUAACAUGCUAGCUCAAGGCAACCAAAGCAUUUAACUCCUCUGGAUAUUGCUGCUCAGUCAUGAAGCUGUGUGGACCUUACGCGGUACUCUCAAAUGUCCCCAUUUAUGGGACUUUCUGUUGUUGUUCAUUUUCCUUUUGCAGACAGUCAAACACUACCAACAAGGUUAACAAGAAGACUGGAGAAAAAUCCUUAUAGUUCUUUUGCUUUUGACACUUACUUUCCGUGGAAGGAAAGGAGGCGAGUUCAGAACUUUUCUUGGCUUCGUCAAAAUAUCUAAACUACAGGACCAGAAAGUCCAAGGCACAUAUCAGGCAUGCACUGUUGAGGACAUCAUUUCCCCCUUCAAGUGCUCUGCUUAUAGAGAAACUGCAAUGACAGUUUUUGAUGGCAGUGUUGAAUAUUUAGCAUUCUUUUCAAAGAAGAUGUGUGGCAGUGUGGCAGAGAAAGAAGAGGAAAUGGUUGUAUGUUGUAUCACUUCUGAUGAUGCACUCUAAAAGUUUGACUGUCUGCAUAGUGAAGAAGAGAAUUAUAUGCAGAAAUUCAUACUUGAAAAAUACAUUUUAUCAUUAAUGAGUAAUGCUGUAUAUGUAAAUAUAAAUGAAAAUUUGUGGAAUAUUACACCAUGAGAAAUAUUUUGCAUUGGCCCUUGUAAGCUCAUUUGUAAGUUCAGAAGAAACUAAUCAAAUAAAAUCAACUGGGUGCUCAGUAACUAUCAAUUGUUGCUGUCAGUUGAGAAUAGUAUCCAGGCAUAAUCCAGACUGUCUGACAACAAUACCCACCUUGGUUAUGAUUUAAUUUAAUUUGAUUAGUGGGGGAAGUAAGCUUACUUCAUCAGUCAAGAAGCUGAUACAUACUCCAUUCUUUAUAUAUUUCUAGAAGCUUAAUGAAGAUGGGUGUCUGACACUCAGUAAUGCAUAAGAUAUAGAUAAAGAGUCUAUUAAGAGACCAUGAUCCUUGAUUUGAUUGUAUACGAGUUUUGAAAUACAGUAUACUUCUUUUUAAGCCCCAGUAGAAGCCAGAUUUUGGUAUCCUGUCCACCAGCCUAAAACUGAUAUAAGGAAUAACUCUGAAUGUAAAUGACAGCAGGAUCUGGCCCAGACUAUUAAAAAUAAUGGGUAACAUUCCACGUUGUAGUAGUCAUAAGACUGAAAACCACCAAGACAGUGUGCAUAUUUUGCCUUGCUACUAAACUUUAAAGCUGUAUAUGACUGAAAGAUCUUCUAAAGAAGCACAGUUAACUUUAUAUGUAGAUUUUUUUAGUUUUUUAAUGUUUAUAAACCAAAACAAAUCUAUCAACUAAAAGUUGAUGCAUUUUUAAAUAUAUUAAUAUUUUGCACUUAAGGCUAUAUAUAAAACUUCCCAUUACUGUGUCACUGAGAACAUACUAAAGAACCUUAGUAAAUAAGAACUAAAUUUAAAAGUUCCUUGUCUUGGCAUACCUGAUAAAUAAUUCAGUUCAACCAGCUCACAUGUAGGACACUUUUUACACCAGGCAACGUGUUUACAAUUAAGGCUAUUUAAAAUCUAUUUUGAUACAAGUUAAAGAGUGGAUUCUGCUGUUGAACUUUUUUAGGAAUUGGAUCCUUUUAAUGAAAUCCUACAGGAAAAGGAGCAGCGUAUUUGUUAUUUGCUUUACACUUUGUAAUAAAUGUCAGUAUUAGUACCCAGUUAGGGUUUUUCACCUUAAUUAGGUAGUUGGGUAGUUAAACUAGCUAGUCCUAAGUUGGCAACAAAUACAGCAUUAUUAAAAUGCUGUAUUGAAUAGCCAAGCAUGACAGUAAACACAUUUGUUCUCAGUUAUGUAGAUGACUUUGUUUCCUGGCAUUCAAGACAUUUCUGCUCUUGUGUAGCAACAAAGCUGAAGAGGUUUCUUUUCUUCCUUGAGUCUUCUUUUGCAGAAAGGUUGUGAAAGUGCACCACUGUAGGAGCAUUCCUCUCUAUUUUUAUUGUCUUCUCUGCUUUUUUUCAGGAGGACAGUAUGCUGCUCAUCCUCUCGUGAUGGCUUAAAUUUGAGCCUGAAAGGAACAGAGAUAGAGGCUGGGCUUGGAGAACUAGUUGCCUACAGCAGCUUCUGUGCAGUUUGGGCAACUCAGAUGUAUUUACAGUACAUAAUAGUAGUUCCAAAAUCUAGUUUUGAAUACCUGCCUAGUGAUCAGCUGAGUUGACAGUGAUGAGGGCAUCGAUGUCUACAGUGUCAGAUCUAUCAAACUGCACUGUAUCUUUGUAUUUCUGAGCCAGAUAACUUUAAAAGAGUAGGGGCACCAAUUUGUUCCGUAGCAGCCAAUCCCCAGCUCAAAAAUGCAUGAAAUUGUGUUUGCUAAUGCCAUGAGUCCUUGAGACAUUAUUUAAAGUUAUUUUUCCUAAACUGAAUAUCACCUGCUCCAGAAAACAGGAGUGUUCUGCUGUAGGAAGAGACAGUCUUGGAAAGUAAUGCUGACCUUAAAUUGCACAACAGAUCCUGUUGGUGUAUAGCCCUCCCUAAAGCGUACACCAGCUGCAGGACAAUUUUUAUUGAAUUGUAAUGCUGCAUUUUCUGAGGCAGUUUCGUGUACAUCUUCUUUUACAAGACAGGUAUCAUGCCAUGCUUAUCAUUAUAAAUAACUUUAGUAGGAUUCUCCUCUGACACAACCAUGUGACCAGGGAUAUAUUGUUUGCCAAAGAAUUAUUAGAUGCUGUAUCAGGGCCUUGAUGACACAUGGUCAUAUGAAGUAGUUAGAGUCCCUGUAUACUCAUUACCAAUAUGCUAAAAUAAAUAAAGAUGGUAAUUAUAGGCAAGCCAUGCAGAUAAACUGAAUGGACCGAGAAAGAUCUAAUUGACAAAUUGCUGUAUGUCAGAUACCCACUUCAGAAUGCGUCAGUAAUUCAGGAGAAUAUUGCUGAGUAAUAGCGGACUAGUGCCUUUCAUAUGUACAGUAAAUAAUUUGCUUGUGUCAGGAAACUACUACAAAUUUUGCCAUUUUCCAAUGAAGAAAAGUAAUGAUUUGCACUUGGCUCUCUGAGGUUUCUACAAUUCUGUAUUGCAUCUGUUCAGAUUGGGUUUGGAAAAUUUUGUAGCCAUUUUGUUUUACUAACCAUUGCAAAAGUUAGCUGGCUGAGAUUGGAAUGUAUGUCACAAUGUUGUGUAAGUUAACGUUCAGUUCAACAGUGAAAAGAAAGCUUGAGGAUGCUGAAAAUUGUCAGCCUACUAACUCUGAAGAGUAAUACAAUGCAGAAAGAGAUAGCCCUUAUCCAGCAAAGCUUAACUUCAUCAGGAUUGAGUCCAUGCUUAAAACUAAACAUACAUUUAAGUGCCUUGCUGGAUUGAUGACAGCAGAGCAUGAUUUCUGGGCUUUCUAUCACACUCAGAUCUUCUCUUGUGUUAUUUGUUUUGUAGUCUACAAUUUUUAUUUCCCACUCAAGUUGAAAGGUUUGGCCAGAAUCUAUGGAUUUCUGCUCUGCUGACACCACUUUGGAUUUCCACUCAUGUGAAUUAAGAGGAGAACUGGUUCCCUGUCCCAAAGAUUUCAAAACUGCGUACCUUUCCUGGUGUACAAACAGCAUAAAAACUGAAUUACUGCUGGCCAAGCAGGGCUUUUAGCAGCUCUUCUGUACUGCAGUUCCACUGGAGUAGUACAGUCCCACAUAGAUCCACAGAGUGCAGAUCUAUCUAUAGUGACUGCAUGGGGGUGUUUCCAUUGAAUUCAGAAGUGUCUGAUUCCAUAUAGACUCUAACUCUUGUACUACAUUAUAAAGUUGUCUCAUAAAAGUUCAAAUUUGGUACUCUGAGUCGCACUGAUUCAUGGAAAAUAUUGCCCAAAUAAAGAUUUCAGGCUUGGAAUCUGUAUGCCUAAAUCUAAAAAGCUACAGUUACAGUUAUCUUAAAAUGACUGUGUGAUGAUCUGCUGUAGGCUGAAGUCCAGCCUAGUUGAAUACCUUAAGUCUUCCCGACACGUAUGGCAGUCAACCAUCUUUCUCCUGGCUCAGUCAUUGGCGUGCCAAUUUUACUUUAUGUUAUGCUUGCUGCAGCUGUGACUAACAUAGAAUUAGUUUCAGGUUUUAGAUUGUAUGUAUUAGUAAACAUUCUACUAAUGUGUAAGCAAAUGGAAAAGGUCUUCCAAGUCUGAUAUUUAUACAGUAAUUAUAGGGAAGACUCUAUUCUUUGAUUUCCUUUGUGACUGUGCUUUAAUUAUACACGCUUGUUUUUAUUGUGUGUUUGCUCUAGUUGCACAAAUCCCACAUGAGUUUUGAUGUCUUCCGUUUUUGGAUUUCUUGCAAUCAUAAUGUCAUUUAUUUGUGUACCACUUUUAGAUUUUUUUUGGUGGAGUGCUUUAAGCUGUAUAAAUACUGCCUGAUUAUCCAUGCCAAGGAAAGAUCAGACCUAGUGUAAUAUGAAACAGACACUAAAGUAACACUGAUAGCCAGGUGAAACCAAAGAAUCUUUUUUUGAAGUAUUGAAAUGCAUCACCGUUGGACAUAAUAUUCUAUCACUGCAAGGCUCAAAUCCUUCACUUAUUUGUGUUAAAACACUCACAAGAAAAGCUCUGCAGCUCAGACAUUCACUACACAUUUUCCUUCAUAUUUCUUUGAAAUCUAGAUUUUUCAGUCUAUUGAGUGAUGGGAUUUGGGUUAGGGUUAGGUUAUAUGAUGAUUACACAGGUAAAUGACAGCAUUUAGUUGUACCAAUUCUCUACCAAGCCCCCUAUUACCCGUUAUUACUUCCUUAAGCUAUUUUGAAAAUUCUGUAUGCAUGUGUUCAACGUUCUGAUGCAGAGAAGAAUGUUGUUUAACUGAUAUGUGCGUUCUAAUUCCUGACCUAGCGUGCACAUAUUUAUAAACCACGAUUUGAAUAAAUUGAGCAUGCAUUUUCUUUCCCCAUGUGUGAGGUCCUUCUAUUUUCUCCCCGGAGAAAGCUGUGAGACCCUAUCCUGAAAUUUGAAGUACGUAUAGCUCCUUCUCUGCAGGCUGAGAUGUAUAAUGAUUGUGGCAGUUUGUACGUUACAUGUUCUGCUUCCUACCAUACUUCUGACAUGCAGGAAACUUCUGAAAUAAAUGAAACAGUGUAGGAAAUUAAUGUCACUUGGAUAUUUUCCUACAAGACUUACCAGUUUGAAUAUAAUUCCAUUUUUUUUUAAUUGCACAAAGAAUGUAUGUGAUUGUUGCUGUCUUAUCGUUGAGAUGGUCUUGGUAAACUUGAAAAACAAAUAUAAAGGUUGACUUAUAGCAAUAGGGAAUUAUGACAAAAUCUAAAGGUUAUCAGAAUAUAUCAAAACCAGACAGGUAAAGUCUCUGGAAAGAUUGUGAUGCUUCUUUUCAGAGGAUUUUGCAGAAAAGAUUAUUGCCUUCAUUCAUAUACCAGUUGGGUACACAAUGAAUGCUCCUAAGUCUGCUUCUCCAGAAGCAUCAGUGUUCCAAAUGGCUGAAAUUCUGCAGUGAAGUUAUGACCAAAUUCUUGCCUUCGUGUUCUUGGGAGUAAUGCCAGCACUCAUUAAUGUCCUGGUAGUUGGCAUGAAUUUUCAUCGGUGGAACUGAGAGUAGAAUUUAGCACUUGCUAUCUCCUCCAUUGCAAGCAAGAAUUUGAAAUCAUUUAUGAUUGUUAAAAUAACUUCUGAACCUUUUAAACUUCCCCAUGCUUGAUACUUAACAGCCAUUUGCAGUGCACCCUUAGGUGGUGCAGUACCUCUUUAAAUAUUAUUAAAACUUUCUAGAACUGCUUACUUUGAAAACAGAAAGGGAUGAGUUUGUAAACUGUAAAUAACAAAAUUCUAUUUAUCAUGUUAUUUAUUUUUUCAAUGACUGUGACCUUAUGCACUGUGAAUGCUCUGUGUAUAUGGGGUCCUUUGUACAGAUAAAUAUGUCAUGAAAUCCAUAUGGAUUUAAUGUGAUAAUUUGUUACAAAAUGUUGGCAUGAUAUUCAAUUAUUUUUGUUGUGGAAAAUUAAGAAAAAUAGUUAAAUAGGCAUUUAUAAAAGAUUCUAGCAGUCAGUAUUGUAAUGCACUGUAUUAUCAACAUAUGUACACUAUCAAUAAAUUAUAUAAGAACUAC